AUGGGACGCACUAAGGAACAGACAGCGGCUAAUUUCAUGGCUUUUCAACGUACCAUCCCUAGCUCAGAUAUUGUAAUCUUUUCAGAUGGAUCUAGGCUAGCAGAUGGAUGUGUAGGGGGUGGCUAUAUUGGACUUCAAGCACACCAUCAGUUCCUCCGCUCCUCACUCUCAUAUAGACACGGGAAAGAGGUCUUCAACGCAGAAGCAGAAGCAGCUUUAGCUGGCGCUCAAGCAGUAAUAGUGUACCCAACAGCUCAAUUUGCUACUAACCUAUGGAUCUGCCUUGAUAAUCUAGAACCACUUCGCAAAAGGCUUCCUCACAUCAAAAGUGGAUCUAUCCAAAUCCGAUGGGUCCCUGGACACGCUAAAAUCCCUGAGAACAAAGCGGCUGAUCUCGCUGCCAAAGAGGGAGCUGCCUCAAUCCCUCCUGCUCCUCACAAAUCCUCAUACGCCUUGCUAAAGAGAUACGCCAAGACUCAAUCCCUAUCCGCUGCUCAGUCACAAUGGGAGAAGGUGGCACCACAGAGCUAUCAAGAUCUAGAAAUAACCACUUCCCCUAAACGCCCUAGGGAGCUUUAA